UCUUCUGCAACAGUCACAAAGGCUUCAUUUGAUCCGUAUCAUCUGGAAUUCGUUUUCAUUUCUUGUUAAAAUAUUAUUUUUAUUUUUAACGUAAAUAAAUAAUAAUAAUAAUUUAAUUACCAGUUCACAGGGUUUUCAUUCAUACGGUCAAAAUAUGUAUAAAUUUUGUGAAAAGCAGAAAUUUGGGAGAAUGAUAAGGUGGUAAAAACAGAGAGAGAAAGAGAGAGAGAGAGUGAGACCUUGGAUUGGAUCCAAAAAGUUGCCUUUUAAAAAUUUCUCUCACUUUCUCGCUUCCCAAACACUCUGCCUCAUUUGCACUCUUAUAUUUCGCUCACUCUUUCACUUCCCACAAAGUGAAAUAAAGUUUUGGUUUUAAAAGCCCAGAAAAGGAGCUCUACUUACUUACUAGCCAAUGGGAGCUCGGUGCUCCAAGUUGUCUCUCUGUUGGUGGCCGUCAAAUCUCAAGUCAAACCUCCACGACUCCUCCGAUCACGAGAAUGGGAACACGGAUACGUUGCCGGCUUACCGAGAGUUUAGUUUGGACCAAUUGAGAGCUGCCACGUCAGGAUUCUGUACGGACAACAUAGUCUCGGAGCACGGAGAGAAAGCACCUAAUGUGGUUUAUAGAGGGAAGCUUCCUGAAGAAGACCGCUGGAUUGCCAUCAAACGUUUCAAUAGAUCGGCUUGGCCCGAUUCAAGACAAUUCCUUGAGGAGGCAAGAGCAGUGGGACAAUUGAGGAGCGACAGGUUGGCGAAUUUGAUAGGGUGUUGCUGUGAAGGAGAGGAGAGAUUGCUGGUGGCUGAGUUUAUGCCCAAUGAGACUCUAUCUAAGCAUCUUUUUCAUUGGGAGAACCAACCCAUGAAAUGGUCAAUGAGGCUGAGAGUGGCUCUGUAUCUGGCACAAGCACUGGAAUAUUGCAGCAGUAAAGGGAGAGCAUUAUAUCAUGACCUUAAUGCCUAUAGAAUUUUGUUUGAUCAGGAUUGCAAUCCCAGACUCUCCACCUUUGGCCUUAUGAAGAACAGCAGAGACGGCAAGAGCUACAGUACGAACUUGGCUUUUACACCUCCAGAAUACUUGAGAACAGGAAGGGUAACUCCAGAGAGUGUUGUUUACAGCUUUGGCACCCUGUUGCUUGAUCUUCUUAGUGGCAAACACAUUCCCCCUAGUCAUGCUCUUGAUCUAAUACGUGGAAAAAAUUUCCCGAUGCUGAUGGACUCAUGUUUGGAGGGUCAUUUCUCAAAUGAUGAUGGAACUGAACUUGUGCGCUUAGCUUCUCGGUGCUUGCAGUAUGAACCUCGUGAAAGGCCAAAUGCAAAGUCUCUUGUGGCUUCUCUCACUCCUCUUCAGAAAGAAACUGAGGUUCCAUCAUACACUUUGAUGGGUAUUCCACAUGGAACUGCAUCCCCCAAGCAACAAACAGUAACUUUAACACCUCUUGGUGAUGCUUGUUCAAGACUUGACCUUACUGCAAUACAUGAGUUAUUGGAGAAGGUUGGAUACAAGGAUGAUGAGGGAAUUGCAAAUGAGCUUUCUUUCCAAAUGUGGACAGAUCAAAUACAAGAGACAUUGAAUUCUAAGAAACGUGGAGAUGCUGCUUUUCGAGCUAAAGACUUUCCCACAGCUAUUGAAUGUUACACACAUUUCAUUGAUGGGGGGACGAUGGUAUCACCAACUGUGUUUGCCAGACGCUGCUUAUGCUACUUGCUCAGUGACAUGCCUCAAGAAGCUCUUGGAGAUGCAAUGCAAGCUCAAGUUGUAUCUCCAGAGUGGCCCACUGCCUUCUAUCUUCAAGCUGCUGCGCUCUUCAGCCUUGGGAUGAACAAUGAUGCACAGGAAACUCUUAAGGAUGGAACAAACUUGGAAGCCAAAAUACAUAGAAACUGAACAAGUAUAUAGGUUUUUGUUUUGGUUUUUUCAUCUGAAUAUUCCUUGUAUUCAAUCUACCUCUUUCUAUUUCCUUUUUGGCAUUUGAGUUUCUGCUGCACCACAGGGUUACUUGUAAUAUUUAUAUAUUGAAGCUGGUGAAUUUUUCCAUUUUAA